CCAACGACGCGUUAAUCAACUAGAACAUUGAACCCCGCUUCCGUGUACAGCGUGAAGCUGCUUUUUAAACUAUGACAGGGCUCGCUGUAUUUUCUCGUCACCAGAAAACCAUCCCGAGUGUAAUUACAUCAAUCAAAACUCAAUUUUGACCCUGGAAUUUAUGUGCUCCGAGCCGGCGCAUACUACCUACCAUUCGAUUAAUAAGAUCCUGAGAAGAAUUGCCCGUCUACAUCCACGUGCCAAGUCAGUCGAAGCACAUACUACACUCAGCAGUCUAUUUGCGGCAUCCCUGUUCAUGAUAUCGACCUUUGCGAUUUCGCAUACAAUAUUCGCCCAACAUGUCUCGACACAGUGCCUUCAACAACUACGAUUACGACAAUGAGCUAGAUGAGUACGAUGGCUACGACAACACUGGAGAGGAAGAGCUCAGCCCAGAAGACCGUGAACAGAUGGUCUUGGGCACAUCUGCCGUUCGUGAAGCUCUCGCUGCCGAAUCGUCCAAAGUCACAACGGCCCAGAUUCAGGAGGCGCUAUGGCAUUACUAUUACGACGUAGACAAGUCAGUCGCCUAUUUGGUGAGCAAGUAUAUUUCACCCCCGGCCGACAGCAAAAAGGCGAAAAAGGCAACAAAUAACCCUGAAGCCGGGAAACCCAAGGCCACGGCCAAAAAGGGCAAAUCCGAUAAAGUUGACUCGCUAUCCAACUCGGUGCAGAGUUUGAAGGUUGAGGAUGUCGCUCCUCUGCCCAAGAGCAAAAAUUUGGAUGUUCUCGGCGAGUACGAGAAGAGCAUCAAGAAGAAGAAUGCGAGUUUUGUCGUUGUGGGGCAUGUUGAUGCAGGCAAAAGCACCAUGAUGGGCAGGCUACUUCUGGAUAUGAACGUCGUCGACGACAGGACCAUCAGCAAGUACAAAAAGGAAGCCGAGGCGAUGGGAAAGGGAUCUUUCGCACUCGCAUGGGUUUUGGAUUCAACAAGUGACGAGAGAGCCCACGGCGUCACCAUUGAUAUCGCCAAAAGCCGUUUUGAGACCGAGAGCACGAUAUUCACGAUUCUAGAUGCACCAGGUCAUCAGGACUUUGUCCCGAAUAUGAUAGCAGGAGCCAGCCAAGCAGAUUUUGCUAUUCUGGUGAUAGAUGCUACCGUUGGGGCUUAUGAGCGCGGUCUCAAGGGUCAAACAAAGGAACACGCUCAAUUGAUUAGGAGCAUCGGCGUUUCCCGCAUCAUUGUGGCAGUCAACAAGCUCGAUGCUACGAACUGGUCACAGGAUCGCUUCAACGAGAUCUCUGAUGGAAUGUCAGGAUUCAUGUCUGCUCUUGGCUUCCAGAUGAAGAACAUCAGCUUCAUCCCCCUAUCCGGGCUAAACGGUGACAACAUGGUCAAGCGAUCAACAGCAGAAGCCGCAUCCUGGUACACCGGUCCGACGCUGCUCGAGGAGCUAGAAAACUCAGAGCCAAUGACCCGCGCGCUGAAGGAACCGUUAAGGAUAACAGUCUCGGAUAUAUACAACAUCGGCCAAAGCACACUGACGGUUGGCGGGAGGCUGGACGCUGGAUCAGUCCAGAUGGGCGAUGCCCUGCUUGUGCAACCGAGCGGAGAGAAAGCAUACAUCAAGACCAUAGAAGUCGACUCAAACGACGUUGACUGGGCAGUUGCUGGUCAGAACGUGCUGCUACAGCUAUCUCACAUUGAUCCCGAGCGUGUCAGAGCUGGAGAUGUGAUUUGCGACCCGACGAACCCCAUCCAGUGCAUCGAUAGCUUUACGGCAAAGGUUCUCGCCUUUGACCACCUCUGGCCCAUGCCAUUGCAAGUACACCGAGGCCGAUUGGACGCUGUUGGUACUUUGCAGUCUAUGCUAGCCGUACUGGACAAUGCGACAGGGACAGUUGUCAAGAAGAAGCCGAAAAUCGUCAAGCCAGGCAUGACUGCGCGUGUGGUUAUCAAGAUGAGUGGGACCAAAGUCCCAUUGGAAGCUGGCCAGCGUAUCAUCUUGCGAUGUGACGGUAGAACUCUGGCAGCUGGAAUUAUCGAAUAGGAGCAAUUUGAGAUAGCGAUACCUACCUAGCUUGCUAGUCAUGUACCAAAGAGACAGCGUUGGAAUUGAACAACUGACAUCUGUGACAGGAGAGAUUUGGCGUGAUCAAGACUGACUAAUCGCAUGACAUGGAUUAUCAAGGAACCCCACCUCCGCAAAAAGCCUCCCUACCCCAGCAAGCCCAGCACAGCACGGCUCAAGGCUAUAAAA